CCCGCCACGGGAGGCAGCGCGUGAGAGGUGUCGGGUGCGGUGGUUAAUGUGUAACUGGUGCCGCCACCUUUCACCCGUGCACAGCCCGCAGGAGAGUGCCGGGCCGUGGCGGCCCCCACGCUGGCUCACAGUUUCCUGGAGCCAAAUGGCUCCUGCCUGCCUGCUCGGGGUCUGCAGCCUCCUCUGCGCUUGGUCGGUGGUGACGGGACACCCCUGCAGCCUUGACCACCAGGGAUGGGCCAACUGCAGUGGGAAGAGCCUCCUGCACGCUCCAAGUUCCCUUCCAAGCAACGUCACCGAUUUGGACCUCUCCUUCAACAACUUGGUCAUGCCCCAUCAUGGGACUCUCUUGAUGCAUUUCCCUUCCCUGCGCUCCCUCAACCUCUCUAGCAAUGCCCUGCUGGCACUGAACCCAGCAGUCUUCUCCAACCUCAGGGCACUGCGCUUGCUGGACCUGAGCAGCUGCAGCAUCACCUACCUCCAUACAGACGCUUUCAAGGGCUUGGGAAACUUGCACACAUUGCUCCUAAGAAAUAACAGUCUGCAAGAGGUUGAGGUCCCUUUCUUCCUGCCGCUGAAGGCUCUUUUCCACCUGGAUCUGCAGCACAAUGCGCUGGUGUCUGUGGACGCUCUGAGCCUGCAGCUGAUGGAGGCAGUCCCGCAGGUCCGGCUGGAAGGGAACCCCUGGGUCUGCGACUGCAGCGCGCACCCUCUGCAGCAGUGGCUGUGGCGCAGGCAAGCUGUACAGGUGACCUGCGCAUCACCCCCGGGGCUGCGGGGCCGGGAGGUCGCAGCUCUGGGUUCCCAGGACCUGGGCUGCCGGAUGAGGCAGCGGUUUCCUCGGGGAGUGAGCACAGUGCAGCAGGUCACAGUGACCCACAGCAACGCCACCACGCCAUCCGCCGGGAAGGGAGGAAGGAGCUGGCCGUACCUGGUGGGCUUCCUGGUGGCAGCAAUCGGCAUCUCCAUCCUGAUUGCACUGGCCGCCAAAUGCAAGCUCUUCCACAAGAACUUGGCCAGCUACCGCCACCGGCCGCUGCCUGAAACCAGCUCGAUUGGAGGCAGCCCCAUGGAGGAUGGCAGCACCUGGGACAGGGGCUUCUCAGGCCAGGGGGCCAGCGAGAGCCACCCCAUGCCCGGUGCUGCUGACCUGCAAGCUGAGGAUGACGACGGCUUCAUUGAGGACAACUACAUCCAGCCAGGCGAGCAUCUUCCAGAGGAAGAGGAGCGGGAGUCGCACCUCUCCAUCUGAGCCUGCAGCCCAGACACCACCGCUGUGGUCUCUCCCUGUUUGUCCACCUCCAUCCCCUUCCUGUCCUUUCCCACCUGCCCUUGGUUUUUGGCCCCACGUGGCUGGGGACAGGCAGAAAGGAACAAUGGGGAGAAGGAGGAGGGGUGGGCUCAGAAUGGUGAUGGAGGCUGAAGGCAGCCAGACCCCUGGUGCCACAGUGUGAUGCUAGAGGGGCUGGACCACCAUGGUGACGGUGGACCCGCUGCUGCUCUCCCAGCGCUGCUCAGAUGCUGACGGUGAAGGAGAUGGUGCCUGUUGCACCUGGGCAUCCUGGUGGAAUGGGAAGAGGAGCCUGUCCUGGUGCUCCCUAUGGGCUCUUGGGCACUGGCCCUGCUGCCCCAUGGUGCCGACCCCAGCCCUGCUCUGUCCCUCAAUGCAGUGUCACUCUAUGAUGUGAUUAAAGCAUGAUUUAACCCUG